AUGGAGGACGAGAUGAAUGUUGCAAGUGGAUGGCUGGGAUUAUUUGUAGGCAAUUGGAUCCAUUCAAAAUAUUUGUCUUCUAAAUACUUUGGCAAGCUGAGGUUGGGAUCAAUAGGGAUAAGUUCCACUCGACCAAACCUGCCAAAAUAUAGUGGUUGUGCUGGUGUUUCUAUGGACCUUGGGCUUAAUUCCUUGGACCCGAUUGGACUGGACAGCGUCCCGCAUCUAACACGGAUAAUAAAGAAUUCAAACACACGAACUAGUCUUACUCGAGAAAAGAAACAGAGGGUCCUCGAUUCUCUCUUUGCUCUUUCGCUUCCUGAUUUGGAGUUUCAUUUGAAGACUACAAUAGAAUUUCUGCAAGCAUCAAUCAUUAUGGAGUUUGUAUCGCAUGAAAAUCUGAAAGAUAAGAACAGUGGAAGCACAGAGAAAGAGGUUGCAGAAGAUGUUUAA